AUGGCGACCAUGCAGCUCAUGGAAAUUGUAGUGUCCCCUAUCAAGAAAUCUAUAGUCCUGAUGGUCCACAAGAUUUGGAACCAGACGAGAGAGAGCACCGAGGCGCAGCGCUUCGCUUGGCCGCUGGGCCGGAUGGAGCACCGAAGAGGUGUCAACUGGGUGCACCAGAGCCUACUGGUGUCGCCUAUGCCGAGCAUCCAGUUCAUCCCAGCUUGCCAUGAUGGAGGCCUCGAGGCCUUUUGCCAAGCCUUUUUGAAUGGCUCUUUGGAGGCGCACCCGGCGUUGGACGGCGUUGCGGUGUUCCACCGGGUCGGUGACUGUCAGAUAGGGGAUAGAUGGCUUGGAGAGGCAGAGGAGUUGAAGAGGCGUUCAGGGAGGCGCGGAGAUGCGGAAGAGAAGCUUCCAGCGGUUUCCCGCGGGGUAGGGAGGGAGGAGGCAGAACGUCCGAGAAGCCAUUGCAGAAAGCCUUCUGAUGUGGGAGCCAUGCGUGCCGUACAGCACAUUGUGCGGGAGAGCGAGCAUUUGCUGCUGGAGCUCUACUCGCCUUACCGACCUCAGCAUCGAACUCACCUGGUGGUGUCCCGGACGGAGCAGUGUUUCGCGGGUUUCCCGGGACUCGUUGGCCUUCCGGGGGAGGUCUUAGACUUGGUGGCAGAAGCCUUGGCCAAGCUCACCACCAUCAAGGACGUAGCACGGAUGGAUACCGCCAACAACUACGUCUUGCCGGAGUUUGCUCUCAAGGACAGCCAUGAUGACUCCCCUGACCUGCGCGGAGACAAGGAAAAAUCCUCGAGCAUUUUCUUCCGUUUGGGUCCUCAACGCUGGCGACGCUUCGCACCCAAGACGGCUCGUUUGGAAGAGCUUCCGGCGCAGAUGCUGAAGUUCCUGCACCGCGAAAUGAAAGGUAACUUCGACUUGCCCGAACGGCUGGCCUGGGUAAAAGAGGAGGCCUGGAAGCGGAUUCGGCGGCUGAAGGCGUUGGAGAAGGACUACGAGAAGAAGAUGCAGGACUCGACGUCCACGGUCGCCUUGCGGCAAUGUGAUGCAUUGGAACGCCAAUUGCAUCAGGCUUGGGCCAAGGCAGCCUUCAAGGAGGAGCCCACAGGGACUGGCAAAGACUUGGUCGCUUGCGUGGACAGCGUGGGUGCCGAUGCCGCCCGGGAGCCUGGGCCAAGGUGGAAAGUAUGCUCCGUGCUGAGUCAGUUGCCAUGCGCACUGCACCUUGGUGGUGUUCAGGAUCGGAACCUCACUCUGAUCCCCAGCUGGUCACGGAAUAUGGAUUUGGAAGUUUGUGCGAGACAUGGUUGGCAAGGAGUGACCCUUUGCGACCGCAGUCGCGACGACCGUGAAAGGUGGUCCUUGGGAGGCUCUGAGGUAUUGUCCUUUGAAGGCGAUGAAGGCGAAGGGAGCGGGCAACUCCGCGGCCGGUUCUUCCGACAAUACCCGGCGCCGCCGAACGGCCCCAAGGAAGACCACAAGGAGAAGAAGGUCAAAGACUCUGAAUGGAAGAAGGCCCUUGAGAUUGAAGGCAUUGACGAAGAGAACCCUCCAUGGGCCAGGGGCCGUGGUGUUGGGGCCUGGGUCUGGCAACACUUGGCCUUGCUAGCUGUUCGGAAUGUCUUCAAUCCUGAAGACAACGUCAGGUUGAACACUCUGCUGGGGCGCCAAGUGUUCACAUCAGCCGGCGCCUUUGAGUCGACGGUGGGCGCUGUGAUCUUGCUGAGCACCAUUUGUACUGGCUUGGAGAUCGACUUGCAUGACUGCCCAGACGCGUGCUUUUUGCUGAGCUGUGUCUUCUCGGUGCGUGAGCAAUCAGAUCCCACCAUUUGGAUCAUCAUCGAGACGCCUGGAGUGCAUUUUGGUGGUGGAGCGGAGGAUGCGACGAUUGGUGAGAUGGUUGCAAAGCUUUGGGAGUUGCGAUGCCGCUACUUCCAGGCCCCGUCCGAUCAGCACGGAUGGAUCGGUGUGGAAGUGCACGUCCGGCGUGGUUCUUUCAGUCACUUGGCUUCAGUUCGGCACCCGCUGGUGCCGUUGGGGGAGCUGAUACAGGUGGACUAUGGCGGGGAUUUGGUCCUGUUCCGGCUCGUGCGCUUGGUUCGACUGCUGCGCUUGGUGAAGCUUCUUCAAGUCCUUCGGCGCUUUAGGAACUUGUGGCUCAUGGUGCGGGGACUCAUCGAGUCCGUCAGCACCUUGAAUUGGGUCAUCCUCAUGCUUUGCUUAGUGAUGUACAUUUUUGCCGUGUGCAACUUGGAAGCAGCUGGAAUCCUACGCCUGGCGGUGGAUUGCAAGGGCCUCUUCGCGGACUGGGACCCGGAGUGCGACCAGUACUUUGGAACGAUCCCCAAGAUCAUGUACACCCUUGUCCAAGUCCUCACGCUGGACGGGAUUACUUUUCUGCGUGGCAGACGCGGAAGAGAAGACUGGAUCCAGCGAAUGGAGUCCUGGGCCAUGACGGUGGGGCGACCCUUGGUGGACCGGCAGCCCUUGCUGUUUAUCAUUUUGCUUCUGUUCAUUUUCCUGACAACCUUCGGCUUGCUCAACAUCAUUGUUGGCGUGAUCGUGGAAAACACGCUGAACAUUGCGCAGAGCGACCAGGAGCUACAGGACCGACGGUUACAGCGUCAGUUGCUGCAUGAGCUGGAAUUCCUCAGACAGGUCUUUGAGGCCUCCCAGCAGCUUCUUCGCACCCAAACACCGCGGUCACCUGACUCGUCGCCGAACACGACGGCGCAGACCGCCGACUUCGAUGGGAGCGGGACCUUGGACCGUGAAGAAUUCGUGGAGAUUUGUCAACGCCAUGAAGUCAAAACGGCCCUCCUGCGCAUGGAGAUCCCGGCGGAGCAGCCUGAAGAGCUCUUCGACAUUUUGGACGAGGAGGGCGGGUCGAGCGUCUUGGGUCGAGCGUAUGAUAACCUGGGGCAGAUCACCUUCCUGCAGUUUCACGAAAGCGUGAAGAAGGUGCGAGGUGUGCCAACGGCGUUUGACAUGAAGGCUGACGGGAUCGUUCGCCCAGGUGUGUCAGAGAUCAAGAACAUGAUGGUCUCCGUCUCCGACAUCUUGCGCCGGCAGAACCGGCUGCAGACGCAAUACGAGCGGACAGAACAGAUCAUUUAUGCCAUCUUUGGCAAGACCCCACCAGCUCGUACGCAAGGGCGGCUCACCUCUAUGGACAUGCAGUUCGCCGCGCGGGCGCAGCUGAAGCGCGGUGGGUCGAUGGAGUCGAUGGAGAGCUGCUUCACCUACGCCACGGAGAGCCUGGGCCGACCCGCCACGCGGCGUUUCCGCCACGGAGGGCGGGAAGGGGUAUGCCAAGUCCAUGAGGCCUCAGCUGCCUCGCCCAAGUCCAUGAGGGCGGAGGACCCGCCGCUGCGAUCUCCGGCGCUCGCGCUCCAAGAGCAGCUCAGCCACGGCCGGCCACGACGGCCACGAUGCUGUGCCGAUGAUUCGGUGCGGUGCCGUGACGUCUCGCGUUUCCCAGUGGACUCAGAUCAGGAAAAACAGCAGGAGGAUGCUGACGUGGUGCUCGAAGCCCAACGCCGAAGCGUGGCCCUGGCACUCCUGACCCUCAGCUGGGCGGAUCCUGCCUUGCGCGGCGCGAGCACAGCAAGUCAAGGCCUCCCGAGCGAAGAGCACCCGCAGAAAGAGAGGGAGGUUGGUUCACCGAGCACGGCGGGCGUGGACGCCUUGGAUGAGGAGAAGCAGAAUGAGACUGAGAACGAUCACGAGAACGGCGAGGAUGACCUGGGCGCCACGUUGCCAACACGGGAGGGGAUGCCCCCGUUGGCUCCCAUGAGGGCCGUGGCCUACGGGGCAUUGCCCUGCGCCAUGCCUCAUGCGCAGCACUAUGCGCCCGAGAUGAUGUCCUGCAAUCUCGUGGGAUUGCCCUCGGAGGACAUGAUGCAAGAAGGCUAUGAAGCUCAAUGGGGACCUUCCGGUCGAAACGACUUGGGGUUGAUGAAGGCGCUGGGCGCCAAUGCCGUGCGGCUCUACCACUCCUUAGGACUCGAUGGCAAGGGCUCUCACCAGGGCUUCUUGAAUCGAGCGCAGAAGCUCAAGCUCAACGUGAUGCCAGGUUUCCAUAGCACGGAGCCGGCCAUGUGCGACCACUUCGAUUGCCACGACGCGUGGAAAGCCGCGACGCUCAAAGGCUUCAAACAAGGCUUUUUGGUCGACAACCGCUGGCAUCCGGCCAUCAGCACCGUCAUUCUCAUGAACGAGCCGGACUUCUAUGACAACGACGCCCUGUGCACCGACCGAGGCGCCUGGUGCCGCGUGAAGGCAGUGUUAAGCGCCAUGGACGGUCUUCUGCAAGCAGAAGAAGAGGCGCAAGUGCUACCCAGUGACGUGAAGCUCACGGUGACCUGGUCCUUCGCCAUGAGGACCUCCAUCGAUGGGAAGGUCCAGGGUCCAGGCACCUUUGGCUUCCAGGAUAUGGUGGCAGUCAUGGAGGACCCCUCCUUGGUGAAGUACACUCCAAGGACUCCCAUGAAGAAGCUCAGAGAGGCGUUUCAUUCCAGGUGGAUUCAUGGCUUGAACACCCAAGCACCCUGGAAUUUCGUGAGUGACUUUGUCACCAAUCACUACAAGCUCUAUGACAACUUCGGAGGUUUGCCGUGGUUCAUCGGUGAGUACGGCGCCAAUGGGCAGGCGGAGUCUCUGAUCAUCUCUGACUUGGAGUCCAUGGACCAGAAGGCCGCCUCGGAUGAGAAGUUCCUGGGGUCGGCCUUCUUCCAGUUCCAGACGGCCUACAGCAAAGGCGGCUCCGAGCUGAACUUCGGGUUGUUCAGCAUCGGAGACAGGAAGAUCGGCGAGACAGGCGAGGUGUGUGACAAGAACAGCCAUUGCAGGACAUGGCCAGUGUUCUGUUUGGGCACCAAGCUGCCUUGGUUCGAGAACCAGCCAGCUUUGGGGAAGCGGGCUCAGGCCCUGGCCACAGCCUGGGGAGGCAUCGCCGAAAACUCCUGCUGA